UUUCGGCGUGCGCGCGGACUGCGGCCCCCGCCGCCAGGUCUCCGGGUGCACGUCGCCCUGAAUCCUGCGCGGGCGAUCGCUCUUCGCUGGCCCUAGUAUGGGGCUAGGCGCGGCCCUGGCCAUCCCCGUGAGGUGACCUUGGUCCAGUUCUCUGUCUUGCCGAAGUUCAGUGCCCAUCUGUGGGCCUGUCAAGAGACCCUCUUCGGAGCGUGCAGUGAAGGAUACGGGCUGCGGGGCCGCGCAGUGGGGGGAGAUGCCCCUCCACGUGAAGUGGCCAUUCCCUGCUGUGCCACGGCUUACCUGGACCCUGGCCAGUAGUGUCGUCAUGGGCCUGGUGGGCACCUACAGUUGCUUCUGGACCAAGUACAUGAACCACCUCACCGUGCACAACAAGGAAGUGCUGUAUGAGCUCAUCGAGAACCGAGGCCCCAGCACGCCCCUCAUCACAGUCUCCAACCACCAGUCCUGCAUGGACGACCCUCACCUCUGGGGUACCAGGGAUCCUGAAACUCCGCCACAUCUGGAACCUGAAGUUGAUGCGUUGGACUCCAGCAGCUGCAGAUAUCUGCUUCACCAAGGAGCUGCACUCCCACUUCUUCAGCUUAGGCAAAUGUGUGCCGGUGUGCCGAGGAGAUGGUGUCUACCAGAAGGGAAUGGACUUCAUUUUGGAGAAGCUCAACCAUGGGGACUGGGUGCAUAUCUUCCCAGAAGGGAAAGUGAACAUGAGUUCCGAGUUCCUGCGCUUCAAGUGGGUAGGAAUUGGGCGUCUAAUUGCGGAGUGUCAUCUAAACCCUGUCAUCCUGCCACUGUGGCAUGUUGGAAUGAAUGAUGUCCUUCCUAACAGUCCACCCUACUUUCCCCGCUUUGGACAGAAAAUCACCGUGUUGAUUGGGAAGCCCUUCAGCGCAUCACCUGUGCUUGAGCGGCUCCGGGCGGAGAACAAAUCAGCUAUGGAGAUGCGCAAAGCCCUGACAGACUUCAUUCAGGAGGAGUUUCAGCGCCUGAAGACACAGGCAGAGCAGCUCCACAACCACCUCCAGCCUGGGAGAUAGGUGCUGUGCUUCAGUCUGAGCCCUGAAAAUGCUGGGUUCCCCAGUGGCUGUGGAAGAGGCGGUGUGAGACCCUGUUCCAGUCCUGUUGGCUCUAUACUGCCUUUGGAUUAUUCCCUGCACAAAGCUGAGGCCAGGGAGUGGACUGAUGCUUUUAGCGCAGAGAGAUUGGCUCCUAACACCUGCUGGAUGUCCCCAUAACAUCAGUGAGCACGCAGCUUCUCAGUGGCUCUUUGGCUGAAGGAAGAUCCUCAGCUGUUCCUCCCACUUGGCUGAGCGGAGGGAGGCAAAAGGGCAGGCCCGGUCUUUCUUCCCACCUUCCCAGUGGCUAGCAUUGGGAGGGAGCAAGCCAGCAGGUGAGCAACUAGUUGAGUGGGGAGUAGUUGGCCUGGUCAGAGCUGUGGCAAGAGACCUUCAUGAAGGCUUCUUGAUACAGCUGCCAUGUGCCCACCUUUGCCCAUCCAGGAGCUGCUCCUGACCUCCUCAGGGAUGGCUGUCAGCCAAAUCUUUCUUCUUCCCAAGCUUCCCCCACUGCAGGGCUUGUCCUGUCCUUGGGCGGCCUGCAGGUCUUGGCCAAAACUCAGUCCCAACUGAACAGAACCUGCCGGGUGGCACGGGGAGCACUGCUAACACCUGGCCAGGCCAGGGCUCACCCACUUCCUUCUUUCUACCUGGGCAGCCCCCAUGUCCUGGGGUCUGAGUUUUCAUGUUUUUUAAAUAAUAAAACAGCUGUGUUGUGCCACUGGC